AUGAGUUAUAAAAAUGAAAUUGAAACUAGAAUAAAAGAAACAGAAAAUUGUAUAGACGAACUUGAGUAUCAGCUUUGUGACUACGAAGAUGUUGUUGCCCAGAGAAAUUGCGUUAAAUCUGAGCUCAUAAAAGGUAAGGAAAAGUUGAAUAACAUUAUAAUCGAAAAAACAAACAUAUUAAAUGAGUUAAAACGUGAAACCGAAGAAUUAAGUUGUAAAUAUAAUAUGCAAAAUGAACGUUUAAUGAAUAUUCAAGAUGAAAGUAAUUCGUUAAAGUGUGAAAAUGAGCAAAUACUUAAUAAACUAGAUGAUCAUCAGAUAUCUGUAUGUGAGUUAAAUAAUAUCGGUUCAACACUUAUGGAGAAAAAGAAUAUACUAGAAAAGGAACUUUCAAAAGCUAUGGAGAUCACAAACAAGUUACAAGAUAGGGAGCAAUUAACACAAUCGGAAGUGCAAGAUGUGGAACAAGAUAUUAUAUGCAUUGAAAAGACUCUGACCAAACUUAUAACAAAACUCACUGAAGUGGAGAAAAAUAUAAAUAUUGAGCAAGACCGUUACGAGAGUUCACAGUCUUUAAUAUGUGAUUUAAAAAUUAAAAUUGAACAAAUUUCCAAGUCAUUUCAAUCAAAGAUGACUGAAAUUCGUUGUAAAUUUAAUGAAAAAUCGGCCGAGUUAUGUAUGCUCAAACUGAAAUUAAAAGAUAAACAAGCCGAUCUAUUGGAGCAAAAAAGUCUAACGAUACAGUUAGAGGAGGAACGUAACUUAUUUCAAGUGGAACAUUGCAAAGAAAAAUGUAAAAUAGACAAGGAAAUUGAAGAACUUAGAGUCGAGCUUAAGUCAAUUGCCUCGAAGCUCAAAUGUGUUAAUUCAAAACUUUGCGAUGCACAAAUGGAGAAUACAAAACUCAAAUGCCAGAUAAAAGAGCAAAACGAGGCGAUUAAACAAUUGGAACCAAAGAAAGAAAAGCUACAACUGGAAGUGAAAAGGAUCAAAGACACUGCUGAGUCAAUAACAGAGAUGAUAACGGCACAGCUUAAAAAAUAUGAAAACGAUAAACAAAUGUUCGAUAAGAAAUUAGAAUCAAAACAACAAGAACAGUGUGAACUCAAGAAUUUAAGUAAGAACCAAAUAGAACAACUGACAAAAUUUAGGAAAAAAAUAUCAGACUUUAAGUGCGAUUUGGCUGGGAAAUGUAUACCAAAUAACGCUUAA